AUGCCCCAGUCCUCCGCGCUGCGAUUCUCGGCUUUGGCUGCCCCUCGCUCUGCGGCCGGGCCCGAUCCACGUCAGCUCCCUGGGAGCUCCACCUUCUCCUCCCCCUGCCAGCCCAUCUCCACGGAGAAGUGCUUGCCAGUUUUCCUGGCUCCCGGCUGGGCUUCCAAGUCACACUCCGGCUUUUUGGCCGACGUGACGGUCACCGACCUGGAGGAGCUGCAGGAGCUGCUGGCGGCCAACAUCGAGAGCAACAGGCACCUGGUGACCGGGGCGGUGCGGGCCCAGGUACUGAAAUGGGGUGAAGAUGUGACAGAAUUUCAGCCCCCCCCCGAUUAUAUACUCAUGGCUGAUUGCAUUUACUACGAAGAGUCGUUAGAACCGCUGCUGAAGACACUGAAAGACCUGACUGGCCCCGAUACGUGCGUCUUGUGCUGUUACGAACAGAGGACUGUGGGAAAGAAUCCUGAAAUUGAGAGAAAAUACUUUGAGCUGCUCCAGGUGGACUUCGAGCUGGAAGAGAUUCCCCUGGAGAAGCACGACGAGGAGUACCGCAGCGAGGACAUUCGUAUCGUGGCUAUCCGCCGGAAGCCAGCGCCGGUCUCCGGAGGUGGCACUCGGCGCCUGUCCGGGCUGGGUAGAUGA